AUGUAUAAACAUGUAAUUAGACUCGACAGUGCGUUUUAUCGAGACACAAGCGGUACAUCCGCCAUAAUCGAAGGUGCACAAACUUUCGGCGAUAGAUCACCCGAAUCUGAAUAUUAUGAUACCGAUGAAGAUGACUAUACAUCAAGAAAACGGGUACGCGUUAGAGUACCGGUGAUUCGAGGCCGAACUGCGAAAGAUCAUGCAUUAACUGUCGUGCGAAGGCGUCCACUUGUACCUUAUACAAAAUCAUUAUUAUAUCAGCCAAUAGAAUCAUCUCUAUCUUCGCUGACUCCUAGAAAAAUUGUCGUAACGAGGACAAAAAUAAGGAAUUACGAUUCUAUCGAUGCUGGCUAUCAUUUGGGAGAUGAAAUCUCUAAUGAUCUUUACUCAAAAAAUAAUCGGCACAAAGUUACCGUUACUCGCAGAAGAAAAGUAAGACCAUCGUCGACUACAGUAGCUCCGACUCAACGCGAACGAGUCACUCGAGUAACUCGGAAAAAGUUGGUGACUAUCAGGCCUAUUCCAAAACCCAGCGCGACUUUAGCUAUAAUAACGACUGGAUUUUAUACGGCGCCUUCUUUUGAAGUCGAAGAAGAGGACGAAGAAUCUUUUGAUUAUGAUUACAGUCCAAUAUCAACGCCGGUUUUGCAUGGCUCCUACAUAACCAGGAACGAUCCAAUACCUUCGUUUACCACGGCCACGAAUAAAUUAAUCUCGAGUAGAACUAGAUCUAGUACAGCUACCGAUCCGAUCAUAAUUACAGACAACUUCUUCUUUCCGUCUGCUCCUGAAGAACCGACAACAAAUAGCUACUACGAGUAUGAUAAUGCAAAAAAUGAUACAAUCGACGAGAGCGAAGAUGAAAACUUAGAGCAAAAACCUACAAGUGAAACUCCCGAUGUGACGGAUUCAAUUUUAACGACUUUGGAGGAUGUUGAAUCAACAACUGCAGUAGAAGAAGAGGAAACAACACAGCCAAUGCACGACAAUGAAGACUACUUGAAAGUUAUUCCGAUUAGAAGCUAUCAAAAAAUAGAAAGUACGCCUACUGACGCCGGGAUUGAUUUGUCUCUGACUAGUAGCGCUGUAAAUCAAAGCGAGAUACCUACAGUUAUCCCGCUGGUUACCGAUUUAUUGCCAAGCGAAAGGAAAACUGCGGCAACACCAGCUUCGACGUUGAAAGUGACAACGUCUUCGCCUUCGCUUACGACGGAAGAUAUUGAAGCUGGUCUAACAGAUGAAUUAUAUUUAUCACUCUCGCGACUUGAUUUCCCGCAAAUCGUACCGUCAAAAGUAGAAAACGAAGGAAGCGUCAUCCUGUCAUCGUCCAUACCGCAAUCGUCCCAAGUUACCCCAGAGCUUGAAACAAGCGUUUACUAUACCGAGACUGUUGUAACAUCUACGCGUUUGAGAACAUAUACUUAUGUCGUGACGAAACUUAACGGACAAGAAACUGAAGUAACGUCGUCGACGAGCAUUAGACCAAGGGUGACAACGUUGACAUUGACUGUACCUGUGACGGUGACGGUGACGCCGACGUUGAUCUCGUCGUCAGUUGCACUUAAUAGCUCUCUUGCACACAAAAAAAAUGAAGAAGUCGAAGACGAAGGGAGAAAAUUCAAUCUUGCGACAAGGGUAAUGUCGAAUGGAGUUGAAGUUAUAGUCGCCGGCACGACACCCGCCUACCGAUGGGAGAAUUCGAACCCACAGCCAACACUGACUCUUUCUGAGGCAGUGCUAAUGCUCAUGCCGCAAGAUAAGCCAAAUGAUUUUGUGACCAAGACUUGCAUGACGACUUUUACCUACCUCAACACCAUUCUUCGCGACGGUACCACAAUCGUUUCGACAGAUCAACAGGUGAUAGCCAACACCGCGACGGAAGAAAGGCACAGGAAACGCCCAGCGGAAGCAGCAUCUGUCACACUGGAUGCGUCGCCGACUUUGCAAACUGAAGUUUUCAAGACGACUUACACGUACUUGACGCUCAACAGCGACCAUCCCGAUGAAAAAAAUGCACUAGGAAGUAGUACGAAAGUAAUUACAAAUAUAGUUACUGCUCCCCAGUACUAUCUCGAGAUGAUUCUCGAGCCGUCGGAAACUCCUCGACCCGAAACAAAUACGUACCUUAGCACGAGGGCACUCGAGAAAACUUACGUCGAGGAAGGUAAAACGAAAAUCGAAAUGACCACUGACGUCGUUACGCAGUUAAUAAUAACGGAAUCUUCCGUGCCGCCGCCUCGAGCGACAAGUUUAACGACUCCGUCGCCAGUAGCAGACGAGUCAAUUAGCCCCACGACGGAUAUCGCCAAGACUUAUUACAUCACUUACACUUACUUUAACACGUACUUAGAGAACGACAGCACGGUCGUCAAGACGAACAUUGCAACUUCAUCAGACAUCAUUUACGAGAAAGCUCCCUCGAAGAAAAGCUCGACGAAAUCAAUAGCGGUCAGUGCUACACCGGAGCCAAUUCAAAUUUUUGCAACCAAAACCUACUUGACUACGUUUACGUAUUUCACAACUCUCCUUCAGGCUGGCCUUGAUGGUGAAACUUCGACUACGAUUUCGUCACGGACGAAAAUCGUUGAAAACGUAGUAACAGAGUCCAUUGCUCCAAGCUUAUUGGAUGCAGGAUACAUGAACGCUCUACUCACGACUUCACAUCAUUCAGAUACGCUGAAAAAUGUCGUCACAGGCUCGACGAUUAUUUUCUUCGACGACGAAGAACAAGUCACGCCGACGAGCGCCGCCUUCGACACUUCUGCAUCGGCGAUUAUCGAUAAAAUCGACGCUGCCGAAAAUACUUCGACAUCGCCUAUCGUCGCCGAUUCUGUGGGGGCUGAAUCGAAUGACGUCACUACCAGACCCCUUGAGCAAGACAACGAGGCGGCUGAAGAAACCACAGAUCCACCUCCAAGCAAAAAACCGUCGCAAGUGAGCAAUUUGCUGAGUUUAGGAUCAUUGGGUAUCAAUAGCUUGUCGGCUCUAGGCCCAGUUAUCACAGCUAUGGCCGGUCUACUGCAAGGAAAAUCUUCUGCCACGCGUAGAAACGAUACUGAGUCAGUGACAGAGCUUCCAACUACGACAACGCAAAGAUCACCAAUCUAUAUCCCCGUUGGGGAAUUUGCCGAUGGCGAUAUAGAAACCGCAGAAAGUCAAAAUAUAGCUCAUCAUUUGGCAAAUAGUAAUGUUCUAACGGAAACAAGGCAUAAAGUGGCAGCUAGUCUGGAUGGCGGAAUAGCAAUAUCACCGGGUGAAAUAAUAACGGCGAAUAGUGAUGUAAUAAUCGGUAAACCAGGUAAAAUGGCUCCGAGGCCACCUCAAACUUUCUUAAACGAGGAAAAUAUAGGCAUGAAACCGCCACCGGUAUCAGUGCCUAACAUACCAGUACAUCCAGUUUUAGAAGUCGUCGAGAGAGAACCAGUCAAGCCGGUGAAAAUUCAAAAAGGCUCGCAACAAUUGGAAAUCUACCCAUCUCAUCAGAUUUACGAGGAGCAUAUUCAAGUACCAAUUACCUAUGAUCAACCAAACUUUUCAAAGAGACCACAAAAUAUACAUGAAAAUAUUCACAUACCACCAGUCAAUAGGAUAAGUUCAAAGAAAGAUAUUUUGGAAAACGAUCCACUCCUCAUUCCGCCUUCGGUGUUAUUGAACUCUGAAAAACAUCGUCACAUGGAUAAGCAUAGAAGACCAUGGAGUGCAAAAGAUCCGAUACCUCAAGCCAACGUACUGAUCGACGAUAAAAAUCGUUUAGGCUACGCUCCAAUUGACAUAGGUAGUGGUAUCCAAAAGAAAGAAUAUGUACCGGAACCGAUUGUGCAUCAAGUACCGCAUGUUAUUGAUAGGUCUACGGGUCAACCUUUGUUAGUUAAUAUUCAGCCUAGUCAAGUAGCCAAUGUUGUUAUUCCUCAGGGAGGAACUCAAGCCUUAAUUUUCGGCGAUACUCCUGAACCCCAUAAAUCGGGUCAAUAUUUUGAUGAUCCUUCGCCUUAUCCAGAACCAGAAGUGGGACCUGGGUUCAUCGGAAUAGAUAAAGUAGAAAACCUUCCACAGUUCUCGAAAAAUGACAAUCCGUCAGACUACAUGACUCCACCUUCGCCGACGUUAAAUCUGAAACCCCUGCAAAAUUCCAACUCCGGCAAUCGACCUCACGUAAUACCACUUUCUACCAAUCAAGACCACAAAAAGUACAGUCAAGUGAGCGCGAGGCCUGAAAAGAUACCAAUACGUCAUCACGACACGUCGUCUUUAUCGAGCGGCGGGCAAGGCCACGUUCACACGGAAAUACUUGUUCACCACGGAGGAGAAAGUGGCCAAACGAGACCUCUGUCGUCCGCGAGGCCGCCAAUACCGGUGCAUAAUUAUCAGAAUAUACAACACCCACCGCGCAAAGAUUAUACAAAGAUUCACAUGGCCGUGGAGCAAACGCCGCCGAGGAGAACUGAAGUACCAUCUGAAAAUUCAUAUUACGAUCAGCAACUACUACAUGCCAAUGUGAAUUGGAAUAGCAAUAAAAAUGAGAAAAAACCCUUAAGGCCUUCUCAAGUUCGCUGGGCAAGGCCUACAAGUAGGCCGUCACGGCCUCCGACCAAAAUAACCGGACGUCCUUAUGGAAGACCGUCUACGCGAUUGGAAAGACCCUCGGGAUCAAUUCGACCACCUCAAUUCACGCAAAGAUUACCAACGACAACUUAUUAUCAGAACGAGCAGCAGAAGUUCAAUCAACAACCACCGACAAGUAUUCCAUUUGGUGAAUCGAAUCAACAAACAUAUAUGUCUGGCCCGCAAGAUAAACCGCAACACUACUACCAAGACAAUUAUACGGGCAUUAAUUUGCAAAUAACAACCAAUCAUACAGUGCAAGAUUAUAAGGGAGACUCGUUGGCUGAUCAAAUAAAUUUGGGAUUGGGUUACAAAAGUCCAUCAGUCGAUGAAAUUGAAAGUGAUUCGAAAAUCAUUGAAAAGCCAAUGGACUCGGACGUCGAGGCUUCUGAAGAUAUUAAAAUAUCUACAGGAUUGAACGAUAAACCUGAGGAUGAUAUUAUCAUUACCGAGGAUUCCGAUAAAAACAAGUUUGAAACAACAAUCACGUUCGAUCAAGACAGAGUUGAUGAAAACGGCGAUGGUGAAAUUAUAAUGGGCAGCGAAAAGAAGCAAGACCAGUAUCUGGCUCAAUCUACUUAUGGCGAAUUCAAUCACAUGAAUAACAACCACCAUAACGUAUAUGUAACGGAUACUGGACCUCAGCAAAACAUGACGAGUCAUACUCAAUUCAUUGAUUUACAAUCACCCGUCGUCAAUCCAUCAAUCGAGCCAAACGGUCAUAGCCGACCAUUUUUAAAAUCUCACUUUAGUAUGACAUUGUCAGACAACAAACCUGAUAUAAUAACCGAGUCACCGGAUAAAAAUGACGAAAUAGUUCAUGGACACAUUAAACCAGGUUUAGGCCAAGUGCUUCACGUUCAAAAUGAUAAAAACGAAUAUGAGACUCGCAAGAACGACUCGCGAACCCACAUUUAUCGCAGACCCAAACCGGAUUUCCCGUCAAGAAUCCAUGCCGAUCGUCCGGAAAUUAUCACCAAGCCAAAACUUAAAACACCCAGACCAGUGGUCGUAAGCAGUGGCAAGAUUCGUAAACAAAACAAUUACAGAAAACCACAGGUACAAUUUUCUCUACCAAUCGAUUCGACUGGCGAAGAAAACGAUAGUAAAACUCAAACUGAACGACCUCCGAGUUCAGACACGACAAAUUACCAUAAAAAACCAACACAGGAGUCGCUUGAUACUGCAUUCCAGACAAACUUUGCUUCGGACGAUCAUAAAGACGAGGUGGUUAACGAUAGAGUCGAGGCAGAUGGCUCGUUCUCGGAUACUCAAAAAAUAAGUGAUUCGAAAUCAAAGUUGCUCCCGCAAGAUAUGGUACCGCCGCCUGUUACGCCUGUGGUGAACAAAGACAUUUUAAAGAACGACGAAGGUUUGAAGCCGCCACCGCUGCCAACUGUCCUCGGUCUUACACCACCACCUGUAGAUAUUACUACGACGACAAGACCAAUUGAAAAUAAUCCUAAAGUGAAUGCCGAGGUUUCGGGUUUGAAACCACCGCCUCUGUACAUUCCACUGCAAGAAUCUAGCACACCACUCCAACCGAGCGUUGAUAUGGUACCGCCAAGCCCAAGGCCGUCGCUUGUAAGGCCAUUCUUAGCCGACGUUCUUUCACAAGACAUGGUACCACCACCACCGGACGUGAAAACGACGAGGCCGUUGGAAAUUGCCACCAUUCGUCCAGGAGUCGCAGUGUCGGGCUCAAUCCAGAUCGACACUGCUGUCGCAACGUCUCACAUUCCUGUGGUACAAGAUAUGGAAUCUAAGAUACCGAUUGUCCAUGGAACCGUUGACUUACCGGUGGUUGUCGAUGUGCCGGAAUUCUUGAAGCCUAUCGAUAAUAAGAAACCCGAUCACGUUAGCGUUUAUACCGUGCGGCCAUUCGAAACUCGACAGAGGCACACUACGCCACCUACGAUUUCGCCUUCGAAAACGACGAGCGUAGCAGUGACAAAGCAAACCCAAGUAAAGAAUAACGAGCGUGUUCACGAAGAUGUGUACGUCCCUACGCGAUUAUCGCCGUCCGACAUCUCGAUAAAGCCCAGCAAGCAGCCGGAAUUGAUAAUUGACCUCGAGCCAAGCACUGACAUUCACAUGCCGUCCAGCGGAAUCGAGGCUACAGAAUCAUUGAAUAUCGCCGCCGUGAAUACCAAGAGAACGAAGCAGAGGUCAAGCGUAACAGAAGUAGUCACGAAAGCGCCGCCGGUUGUAGUCGAAAGCUCUCAAGUUUCCAAGAACACCGUGCAGCAAAGUAGUAGCAGCACUCAAGGCGCACAAGCAACGAGAAAGACCGAUUUGAAGAUCAAACAGUCGGCCUCGAAAAUGAUGGAAAUCAUCGGCACUGUCGUGCACGAGUUCAUUCAGAACUCGACGAACGAGCAGGUGGAGACGCAACCGCACGAGGUCACUCGUUUCGAGACGCUGACGGUAACGCGAACAGAAACGUUAGUUUUGGGAUCACCACCCACGACGAGGACUCUCCUGAUCACUCACACCUUGACGUCAACGCGCGUCGAAACCGUUACGGAAACGCUACUGCGUCCGACCAGCGUUAUCUCUACCAUCAUCUCGACAAUACUUCAGUCUGCCACUCACGUGCCGACUUACGAGAACGACAACACCGACAACGAAUCGAUUUUCGUUGUGAUGAGCGAUCAUACACCACCUGCUGCCGGUGCCGAAGAGGUCGAAGCUGAGUACGGCGAAGAAGACGUUUCUCGAGACGAGGAAGAUAAUUCCGUGAACGAGAUUCAUCGUGUGCUACAAGGUGGUAUAUUAGAAGCACCAUCCGUGCCGAUCAGGCCACCAAAGAUACAAUGUUUGCCGGAGUGCAAGGGAUUCAAGUCUGAGGUGUGCGCAGAAUCGGCAACUGGCGAGACGCGCUGUAUCUGCAGACCUGGCUUUGCGCGCAUGUUCCCCGAUCGUCCCUGCAAACCUACUUACACAUUCACACUGGGCGUGGGCUUGGAGAGACUCGGUCGCGAUCGUUUUAUUUACGAUCCGGCGAUGAACGACACAAAUUCUAUAGCGUUCAGACGCUACGCUCAUCCCAUCAAAGAAGCUUUGGAUCGCACCCUCAUGCAGAGUGAUCUCAGAGACGCUUACAGAGCAGCGAAUAUCGUCGGAUUCACGGUCAAACCAUCGAAAGUCAUGUUCAACGUGCAGCUCAGCUCGAAUACCGACGAAACGCAUCUCAAGGACGUCUUACGGAAGUACUUGGUCCUAAGCAAUUAUAGCCUCGGCGGUACGGACGUCUACGCAUCAAAAGAUCUUGGACUGAUCGAAGCCAAUGAUUUCGACGAGUGUACGAACGAGGAGGGUGGACCGCAUCACGAUUGCUCGGUGAACGCGGCAUGCUUCAAUCUCAAGGGCACCUAUCAGUGCUCGUGCAAAGAGGGCUUUGCCGACCUGUCGGAAAAUCCAACUUACCCCGGCAGAUUAUGCUCGCAAGCUCCUCUUGGAUGCGCUGCCUGUAACAACAAGGGACACUGUCUGAUUAGCUCGCACGGUCAAGAGGUUUGCGAAUGUUUCCCGUGGUACAGUGGUCAGAAGUGUCAAGUGAACCUCAAGGUACUAUUGAUCGGUCUGGUGACAACGGGAGCGAUCCUGCUGGGUCUGCUGGCGGUUUGCGUGGGCAUGGCAUGCUGCCGCAAUCCAGUGCGAAGACGAGGUGCCGGCGACCGGCGAGCAAUGAUCGCCGGUGGCGGCGGCGACACGAGCAGCGAGGGCAGCGUAGCGGAGCUCGCGCUGCCACAUCACGUCCCUCACAUUUUACCGCCACCACCGCAGAUGAUUGCCCCGCAGCCACCUCUGAAGAAGGUAGCCAAGAAAGUCAGUGGCAAGACGCGACGCGCGCCUCGCAAACCUGCUCCUCUCAUCGCUCCAGUGCCAUCAAACGUCAGCUGCUUGUCGGGCGAGCAACGCGAUCGCUCGAUGACGGUUAUGAUACCGCGAGCCAAAUACCGCGCCACGUCCCAACAGUCAGGCCCGUUGCCUCCGAAUUACAAGCCCAUGAGUAGCUUCGCCGUUGACGAGCACAAGCUCAUCGAUUAUCUGGAGUCGGGACCGGUGUCGGCGCAUCGCAAGCCGAGCCUGGCCAGCGAGCCGGAUUACAAGGAGCAGUCGCCUAUCAAGAUGCAACCGGCUCAACAGUCGAGCUUCGCCACUAGCGGCGCGCUUGUGAGCGCUGGUUUUCAGGUAUCCGCAACGGUGACGCGGGCGAUGGACGCUGAAUCGACGCUGGGUCGCUCGUACACGGAGACGACCGUCGAGCCGGCGACCAAGCUCGUACGGGUGUCCGACUUCUGCGACGACCUGGAGUCGACGAUGGUGCGCUCGUGUGCCGAGACGACGAUCCAGGCGUCGACCAAGCAGCUGCUACGCCUCGAGCUGGCCGACGCGGGCUCCACGCUGGCGAGGUCGUGCGGCGAGACGACGAUCCAGCCGCCGACCAGAUUGGCCGAGCGCAACAGCAAAGACAGGGAUCUGACGAGGGAUAGCGCCAGCGAGGGCCACACCAUGGCCGAGAGGGAUCUCGGCAGCACGCUCAGGCUACCCGCUCAGCGUGCCACGCUUUACAAUCAGGACAGGACGACGAGCAGCGAUCGCGAGUCCAACUUCGACUCGCUGUGAGAAAAGCAAGAGAUGCCCAGCAGCAGCGCAAGGUGCCAUUGAAGUGACGAGAGAACGAC